AUGGCCGGCGCGCUCUCCCCGUUCCUCGCCCCCUUGGGCGCCGCCCGCUGCCGCCCGCGCCUCGUGAUCCUCGCCUGCAAUGCCGCGCCCAGCGACGCCCGGCUGGACGCCGAAGUCGAUCCCGCGGAAGCCUCGAGCAACGGCGGCGGCGAGGGCGUGGCGCCACCGCGCCUGGCCAUGCCCGGGCGCGCCCAGCGCAGGCGUAGGCGGUCGGCGAAGAAGGGCAGGUCCGCGGCCGCGAUGCGGGCGUCGCUCGUGGGAAAGGGUGACCAGACAUCAAAGACAGCAAACAGCUUAGUAGUGGAGGAGGAAAGCGAGUCUGCUGGCCCACAAGACACAUCCAUUGGAGACGGGCAAUCCAGUCCAACCAAUGGAAAUGGGACACUUGCAGAAGAGUUUGAGCCUCUGGAAUUCCGGCUGAGGAGGGAUGCUGAGGGUAGCACCACCCCGUUCCAGCCAUUGCCCUUCCCCAGGCAUGAGCGUCCUGCUGAAGACACGGACACUGAUGCUCGCACCAAAGGGUACGUGCCAUUGGAGAAUGACCCCAACGACAUGUGCGUCCUGCCAAAGCCCAUCUUCGUGCUGUCUGAUUGCACAGGCGAGAGUGCAGCGAACACUGUGCGCGCUGCACUGGGACAGUUUGAAAACUGCUUCAAGACCAGCGUGCCUGCCAACCUCAUGGUCUUUCGCUUCCUGAGGGACGAAAACAGGAUCGUUGACAUCGUGCAGAAGGCAGCCAAAGAGGAGGCGCUGAUCGUCUUCACCCUUGUGGAUCACUCUGCUGUGAAGAUCUUAAGGACGGCAUGCGCAGCCCUCGGCGUCAGCUACGUGGACCUGUGGUCGAAUCUCCUGGACAAUAUGGAAAAGCACCUGGACACAGUUCGAAGUGGCCUCCCCCUUGGCAGCCCCCAGCGUACUCAGAAGCUGUCUGAGGACUACUUCUCAAUGAUAGAGGCGGUGGAAUUCACAAGGCACAUGGACGACGGUGCACACCCACAUCGCUGGCACGAGGCGGACCUCUUGCUGCUGGGUGUCUCCAGGUCUGGCAAGACGCCCCUGUCCAUAUACCUGGGCCAGCGAGGCUACAAGGUGGCCAAUCUUCCUCUGGUAAGGGGCAUCCCUGUGCCCAAGCAGCUGUACGAGAUCGACCAAUCCAAGAUCUUCGGUCUGAUCCUGGAUGCCAAGGAUCUGCACACCAUCAGGCAGACGAGGCUGAACUCGCUGGGGGUUGGCAGCACGUCUUCCUCAGGGGGCUAUGCCGGCAUGAAGUCGGUGCAAGAGGAGCUGGAUUACGCUUGGUCAAUGUACAAGACAAAUGAUUGGCCGGUCCUUGAUGUAACGCACAGUGGCGUUGAAGAGACGGCCGCUCGCAUCCUCAAGAUUUUGACGGACCGCAGCGGCCACACGCACCCAUUGUGGAAACCACCGGUGGACUAG